UUGUCGUAUAGCGUGCGGACGUUGAAGUUUUCAAGCUCAAAACGAACAUUCGGGGAGUCAAAUGAGGCCCCCUCGGGGGCUCCCCGAGGGCCCAGGUCGUAGACAUGGUCAUCAAUUCCUGAUGUACAAUAAGAUAACGUUUACAAUGAAAGUCAAAGGAAGUUUAGGCAACUUUAGACUAUUAUGGCGAAUUACAAUAAGGUUAGGGUAGGUCAGUAAGCAUUGGGGGUUGUUAACAUGAUAGAUGGUUUCAUAAUGAAAUUAACGAGAGCCUUUUGAUAAAAUCUUACAUUGGGACUAGUUGAAUAAAAGCAAAUGAGUAGUUUUCUCCUAUGGUAGUGUCUAUCAUGCUUUACAAUCUGGUUCUAACUGUUGGGUUUGUGGACAAAAAUCUCUUCAGCAAUACUUUCACUUGGUGCUAUUCGUUGGAAGUAUUUUUCAAGAAUUUAAUUCUGAAUUUCCUCGACGACCGAAUUUUCCCAAUUUUGGGAGUUACAUGGACAAUCUAUAUUUAUCUUUCAGGGACGGAUCUAGGGGGAGGGGGCGGGGGGCGAGAUGACCUGCGGGUUUUGAAUCCAACUGGUAUUCUGCAAAAUAUGCAGAUAUGUAAAGCAUUCUCAGCAGUUCACAUUAUGUUACUCAGCAGUUCACGUAAUGUUAUUGCCUAGUCAAAAGCCUUCUUCUUCGUAUUCGCUCUUAACAUUUAUUUACGUCACCAGUCAGUUACGUCAUUCCUUAGCAGUGUACCUCGUCCUAAGAAAAAUCCUGGAUCCGCCCCUAUCUUUACUUAACAAACCUGGAAUGGGCACAACUGGUAUGGGCGCUCCAAGAGCUUUGUAUUUGGGCCUGAGUGUUCGGAUGGGGUAG